CGUCGCUUUCCGGCUAAUGCCAAAAAAGUUUUAAAAUUCGUUCGUUGGGUGGGAGUGAAAAACAAAACAAACAUUUUUGUUGAAAUUAAUAUCUUGCAAAACACUCUAAUUUAUAUAAAGUUUAAAUUAGUGUAUUACACAUAAACAAGAACAUAUUUAAACCAAACAUGACAGAAUUUGUGACGCCGAUUAAGAAGAAGACAGUGGAGUCAGAAGUUGUUACCAUUCCUCCUUCUCCCUUUCUAAACAGACUUGGAUAUGGCACAGGCGUGAAUGUAAUGCAACUAGUAAGAUCGCCUAGAGCUGGUCAAAUGCGGUCUCCAUGGGCUCUAAAAAUGUUGAACAAGCGAGUAAAACCCUGCAAAGUGUACUCUGAGCGCUUGAAAGUGGAGGCAGACCUUUUACAGAAGAUGUCCCACCCGAACAUAGUUGGGUUCCGAGCGUUCAGUAACAAUAAGAUCCUGUACUUGGGCAUGGAGGCCUGUGACCUGUCUCUGGGAGACAUGAUUGAGAAGAGAGUGGAAAAUGACGGAGAGCCGUUCGCUCCUAAACAAAUUUUAAAGGUGGCUCUAGACAUUUCAGAGGCACUUGACUACCUCCACACGAAGAUGCAGAUUUUGCAUGGAGACAUGAAGUCAUACAACAUACUUGUGAACGGUGACUUUGUAAUUUGCAAACUGUGCGACUUCGGAGUCACUCUGCCACUUGACGAGAAUGGUGUCUUUGACAAGAAGAAAGCUGGGAAGAAGGCAGUUUACUUUGGCACUGAAGCAUGGAGUGCCCCGGAAGUGAUCCACGGUGGGCAGAUCACCACCAAAACAGACAUCUGGCCGCUCGGGCUCACUCUAUGGGAGAUGAUGGCGCUGAUGCCUCCGCACACACAGCAGGACGAGACUAUGGACGCUAGUGUCGUGGAGCUUAAUGACACGGAUGCCAGCAUGGAAGAAGAUUACUUCUCUGAGAGAUAUGGAACGCGUCCGCCAGUCCCGGGCAACAUAUCGGAGCAGGCGUACGCGCACGCUCUCGCCAUCUUCUACUGCUGCACAGAAACCAUGGCAUCCAUGCGGCCCAGCGCUCGACACCUCGCCACGGCGGCGGCUGAUAUGUUGGACCAGGCUGACAGAUGAGUGGGCUAUCUAUAAGUUGGGAUGAGCAGUUUUGUAGUGAUAAGAUUGUAUUGUUAGCACUUUGACAGCGUGGCGUUUUAUCGCUGCGCCACAGCAUAAAG